AUGGACAACUUCGCUCAGGCGGAUGCGGCCGACUACGCAAGUGACACUGCCGCCUCACUCUGCUGCUGCCGGGCCGGCGAGGAAGCCGCCAUGACUGUAGUAGACCCCCGCCUUCUCGACGACGGCCGCCUCGGUGCGAUGGUGGGCUAUGUGGCCUACGUAAAAAUCAUCUCUCGGCUGCCCUCGCCUGGGCAUUUAUGGUACCAGCAGAUCUUUCCACGACUACCUCGACGAUGUCCCGCCGAGAGCCGGUUAGAGUUUCCCCUAACGAGGCUACGAAUGCAGGAGCAGGCGGACGAGCGCGAAGAGACGCCGCCGACGCUGCCACUCGUCAUUCCCGAGGGAAUGUUCUCCAUUAACCCCAACGACAUCAACAACCCGGUCAAGAUACGGCUCUCUAUCCAUAGGCUCCACGACUAUUACGCGGCGAAGGACCUAUUAGCGGAUCUCCGAGGGAAAUACGACAGGAUUGCCCUCAAUAUCAUAGACCCGUCGAUCUUCGGAAAGGUAAGCCACUAUUAUGCAACGGUGGAGACGAACGAUCGUGGCAGCCUGCACCUGCACGGACUCCUGUGGUUGCACGGCAACAUAGAGCUGCCGUCGCUCAUCGACGACAUCGCCGACCCUCGAGAGCACGAGUACCGUGCCCGAGUGGUGCGCUACGUGGACUCGGUCUUCCAUGAGUGCUUGGAUGAGGACGCCGGAAAGGCCGUUCGCCAGCAGCGGAAGCCGAUCCACCCCCUACCCGACGUGAAAGACCUGCGACCAACUCGCCAUUUCCUCAAAGCUAUGAACGCAAUCGACUCGACCUUCUCCAAAGUCUGGAUCAAUCAGAUAGAAGCAAAUGCCCUGUCCAAUCCGGACGACGAGUGGCAAAAGACUUUCCCUGACGGAAUCAAGAUCAGUGAGAUCUUCGAACGAUCGUAUCGAUCAACCACCAGCAACUCCAACACCAAAGGUGCAUUUUCCACCUUCAGGGUGGCAAACCACUCAAUCAACUCAACCAAAGAGUCAAAUUGA